AUGGUAUCACAACAAUUUCUUUAUUUAUUAUUGCUGUUGAUGGGCACAAUUUUUGUUCCCGUUGUGUAUUCGCUUACAUGUUAUAAAGGAUUUCGACUUGUUCGAGGUCAAUCAUUUGGUACAGAAACAGAAGAAUGCGAGCAUGAAACAGCACAUUGCUAUAACAUGACUGCUGAUGCUGCAUUUGUUUUGAAGAUUAUGAAAGCUGGUUGCUCAACCUAUAGAUGCAUGAAAAUUUCUCGAAAUCUCCCAUCUCUUUACGAUCUCAGGAAAACACUACCGCAAUUUAAUGUUUUCAGUUAUCAGCGAACACAUGCAGAAGUACGACUUUCCAAGAAAAUAACACAUCAUAAUGAUAAAGAUUCAUUAUUAUUGUUGUAUCAGUUGGACAACGAAACUAGUAAGAAAACAUAA